AUGUACGAUAAAAUUUCGAAUCAAAAAGUAUGCUGUUGUUAUGGAAAGGUAAGAGGGUCCAUAGAGACCGGGACCACCCACGAAGCUGCUGGGCGAAUAACAAGUAGUGUACGCAAAAGUGCGUCGCAGUGUUAGCAGACUUAAAUACUUUCAAGUUCCCCUAAAUAUAUUUGUAUUUUAUUUUACAGAUAUUGCUUCUAGCUGUUAUUAUUUGUGAUAUCAUUAUUGGAGUCGGACUCUUUUUCGUCGCAAUGUACUCGCCAUUAGAAAAUAGACAGUUCGUUUUUGGUUGUGCAUUUGCGUACGCAUUUAUUGGUUUUUGCUCAAUUUUUGCAUUGUUUUCUCGUUUCAAGAGUUGGAUUAUUUUCUGUUAUAUCCUUCAUGUUAUAAUGACAAUUAUAAGUGUUCUUCAUAGUGCUCUCUUGAUUUUGGUGUUGAUUUGGGGCUGUAAAAUAUCGAGUAGUUGUUUUGUUGUCGAACCGGAGAAAUAUAAACAUUUUUCGGGUUUGUCUUUUUUUUUUUGAAAUUGUUUUGAAAAACCCAUACAUUUUUUCAGGUUGGACAAUCGGCUUUUUAAUAUUUUCAAUUGUUGGUAGCAUUUCGUCCAUUUUUGGAUGUGCUGUGCUUUGUGCAGGAUGUCCAAAUCAAGAAGACAAGGGUUAUAGAGACGAUACAGAAUUGGCUAGAGCUGCACCUGAUACUUCACUGAGUUUAGAGUUAUAAAUUGAAUUUAAAUAAAAUGUGUGAAAAUGUCUAGAACACAUGAAAAUAGCCCAAAUCUUCUAUUUUUCCAUCAAACACUCUUUGAUGCAUAUUUCUCCGAUUUUCCUGCUAACAUUCAUUUUCCUAGUUGUUACAGCUGAGUAUGUCUCCGAUUUCACAACUCAUUCAUAUCUCAAAGAUCUGAGGGAUAUUUUGACGAAAAUCAAUGACAAAUUGACGAUGAUCAGUGAGAAUUUGGAGAAUAAAUCGAAUUGA